AUGUCGACAGCGACUGGCUGUCGGCCACCGUGUGUGAUAGUUCCCACGGUGGCUUCGGCGAGCUUUGGGGAUGAUUCAACUUCCAGAGAGGACUGUCCAGCCGAGACCUUCCUUUCUGCACGGGAUGUUAUAGGCCCACUAGCUUUCGCCUGGUGGCGGUGCAGAGGUGGAGAUGGAGGUGUAAGUGGUGGUUAUAAUAAUGUCCUAGUGAUACCAAGUCUAAGUGGUGGUGGAGACAGUGGAGGUGGAGGUGGUGGGGGCAAAAGUGGAGAUUUUAAUCCCCUAGUGACACCUAGUCCAAGUGGUGGUGGAGGCGGCUGGGGUGGAAGUGGAGAUUUUAAUGCCCUAGUGACACCUAGUUCGAGUGGUGGUGGAGGCGGUAAGGGUAGAAGUGGAGAUUUUAAUGCCCUAAUGACACCUAAUUCGAGUGGUGGUGGAGGCGGCGGAGGUGGAGGCAGUAGGGGUGGAAGUGGAAGUUUUAAUGCCCUAGUGACACCUAGUCCGACUGAUGGUGGAGGCAGCUAG